UGUUUUUUUUUUUUCGGCCACUGGUGUGUCAAUGGUAACAAGAACGACAGAUAGGCUGAGGUGAAAGCCUAUAAUGUUUUCAUUCCAGCUGAAGUAUAUUUGAACGAUAGAGUUCGUUGAAAAGACACCGACGAGGCGGAUUCACGGGACGUCGUGAAGGGUUCUUGUACGGACGACAAGAAGACGUUGAUGUUGUUGUUAGCCAUCCAGCUAACGCAAGCUGAUUUUUUAAGAUAGCUAGCGUAUGCUAACGGAGGUCCCUGCUAGCUAAUCGCCCCCAUCAUCGCUUCUAGCCAGCUGUGUAUCGCCCUGUCUUACUACGAUGGGAAACGCAGCGACUGCCAAGAAAGGCAACGAGCAAGAAAGCGAGACUUUUGUGAAAGAGUUCUUAGCCAAAGCCAAAGAAGAUUUUCUAAGGAAAUGGGAGUGUCCACCACAGAGCACAACUUGCCUGGAUGACUUCGAUAGGCUCAAGACCCUAGGCACGGGUUCAUUUGGCCGAGUCAUGCUCGUCAAACAUAAAGGGACGGACCAAUUCUUCGCCAUGAAGAUCCUGGACAAACAGAAAGUGGUCAAGCUGAAACAGAUAGAACACACGUUAAAUGAGAAGAGAAUACUGCAGGCUGUCUCCUUUCCAUUCCUUGUCCGACUGGAUUACUCCUUCAAGGACAACUCUAACCUCUACAUGGUGAUGGAGUAUGUUCCUGGAGGAGAAAUGUUCUCACACCUCAGGCGCAUCGGGCGGUUCAGCGAAAACCAUGCGCGCUUUUAUGCAGCACAGAUCGUGCUCACCUUCGAGUACCUCCACUCACUAGACCUCAUCUACAGAGACCUGAAACCUGAGAACCUGCUCAUAGAUCAGCAUGGCUACAUCCAGGUGACAGACUUUGGCUUCGCCAAGAGAGUAAAAGGCAGAACCUGGACAUUAUGCGGUACCCCUGAGUAUCUGGCCCCGGAGAUCAUCCUUAGCAAGGGCUACAACAAGGCUGUGGAUUGGUGGGCACUUGGAGUCCUGAUCUAUGAGAUGGCUGCCGGUUACCCUCCUUUCUUUGCUGACCAGCCCAUCCAGAUAUAUGAGAAAAUAGUCUCGGGCAAGGUACGAUUCCCCUCUCACUUUAGCUCCGACCUAAAGGACCUGCUGAGGAACCUGCUGCAGGUGGAUCUGACCAAACGAUUUGGCAACCUGAAGAACGGGGUGAACGACAUCAAGAACCACAAGUGGUUCUCAACAACAGACUGGAUUGCUAUCUAUGAAAGAAAGGUGGAGGCUCCCUUCAUGCCAAAGUGCAGAGGACCGGGCGACACAAGCAAUUUCGACGACUACGAAGAGGAGGAUGUCCGCGUCUCAGAAACGGAAAAGUGUGCAAAAGAGUUUGCAGAGUUCUAGUGAGUGGGCAAAAGGGUCCCAUUAGGGCUCACAUGCAAUGGGAUAUUUUGUGCACUCAUUUGAGGGUGAAGGUGGAGCUGAGACCAUCAUGUGUUCAAAACAAUUGCCUAGUCCCUUCAUUCCACAAAAGGCUGAGUGAGGUCCUUCUUGCCAUGAUCCUUCUUGCGUGCAUCUAGCACUAAUCUAUACACAGGCACAUUAUGCAGACACCCCCUUGUGCUGCAACACACAAAUACUAGACCACGUUCUCUUGUAUGUUUUCCUGGUUGUUAGUUUUUUUUUAUGUUUGCAGCUUGGUAGAAAUCCCUUUUCUUCCUCCUCAACCCAUUUUCAAAUCAACCAAUUAUUUGCAAAGCAAGACCAAAACCAAUUAUUAUAUGCCCAUUUUUAAAGUGGCACAAAGAGUGAUUGAUUGUAUUAGCUAGUAUUGCACACUUUGUUUUGGGAAAAACAGAAAGGGUUUCAGAUCCUCGUUCCUGCAAGUGAGUCUUACCAGUUAUUGUCUGUUACAUGCCUGAUUGUGUUUUAGGGUUCGAUUUCAAAGUGGAUUGGCCCAGUCUAUAAUCCUAAGCAUUUUAACCUUAAGAAGUAGAUCCUCGUCGGUGUGCAUAUAGAAUAUACGUAUAUCAGACAUAAGAUUUAGGUCCCCCCCCCCCCCCCCCACCUGUGAUUACUUUUUCCUUGUUUUUCUUUUUGGUUUUAAGCAUGACCAAAAUCUAAACAAACGGUCAGUGAAGGAAAUCAUUCAGUAACACUGAAUUAGGUCUUCAACUCUGUUUUAAUCCAUGGGCAUUUAGUGGCAACCUUUCAAAUCAAACAGUAGAUAAUGUGUCAUGCUGUUUCUGUUCCGAAGCAUUUCGUAGCAUCGUAUUCCCUAUCCUGUCCCAGGGCAUUUUUAUUUACCUCAGAUAAGGUAUGGUGAAUCUAAUGAAUAAACCAGAUGAAGAUAUAUUUUUCAGGUACUUGUUUUAUCCACUCGAAAGAUAACUUAUGGAAGUGAAUUACGUGGCUGCAUUUUCAAAAUAAAAAGUUUAUUUUUUUCUUUGUUCAAGAGUGAAGGUAUUUUUGUUCGACAGUUCAGGCUGAGGGUACGUAGCAGAGGUUGUGAGGCAUUAGUUGGUUUCCUGAGCAGACCAUCCACUCAAAGUCAUGUCACUUAUUUACUAGAUGCUUCUUUAGCAUUUUAGUCUGUGAGGCAUUCUCUAACUGCCAUCUUCUUUUUUGGUUUAUUGUUCGGGUUUCAUUUUAUGACUUCUGUGUGGCUGUAAACAUUUUUUCUAGUUUCUUUGUUGAACAUGAAUGAUGUUAACGGUAACCUAACAAAGUAUUCAGCUCGUAUUCAACUUUUUCUUUUUUUCAACUUAAAUGUAUAAACUGUCAUAUUUUCCAUAGAUUGGUCUAGGUUGCCAACAGAGCAUAUUGUUAACCAGUAGGUGCCACCUACUGUUUGGAAACCAUUUCACAAAUAAUUUGAAACUGUUCAAGGAUAUAUAAUUGAUUCUACAAUUGACUCUCGCCCUUGAGAGGUAUAGCCAUAAUAGCUGGCUCCGGUUUUGAACCAAACUGAAGUUCACCAGUGAAGUCAUCAGAUUGUUGACUUCCUCUUCAAAGGCAUGUUAGCAGAGAUGUUCAACUGGGAUCAGUGACCCUGGAGUCAGUAGGACACAUCCAUACACAUUUGUGCUGACUCCUUGCCCAGCUGUUUAUGACGAUGUAAAUUUCAGGACAGCAAAAUGUGAACAAAUAAUGGCCUUUUUGGAACUGAAUACUUUUUUAGGUAUUGCAAACAGUACAUACUGAUUUUAUUGUUUUGUUUUUUUGUUUUUACUUUUUGGGGGCGGGGUUGUAUAAGAUAUUGAGCACAUGUUACAUUUGGUUUGGUUUGCCCUCAUUUCAUUUCAAAAGGCACAGUGGUGUGAUAUUUUUAUUUAAACUUGGAGAUGUUCAUAGAAUUUUUCAAUUUGAAUAUUUAAACGUGCAUAGUAAAUAGUAUGUAUGAAGAUCCCAAAUGUUUUAUUUACGCAAGUGUUAUAAACUAGGAAUAUAUGGGAUUAUUUAUUUUCUCACAUUUAUUUCCAUUUGCCCUUUAGAAAAAUAAAUAGGCCUACGUGACUUUCGAUUCUCUGAUGGCUACUAUAGAUCAUGGUCCUUCUUUUUGAUUUUUGAAAUGAUUUUAUUGACAUAUAUGUUCAGUAAGGUGGGAGAUAAGAAUGCUAGAGCCUAUAAUUGAGUUUAAGAUUAUUUAUAUUCUGGUAUAUGCUUAAAAUCCCCCCUCCCUUCCCGAGAAUGUACCAUGUUUAAAUGAAAAGAGUUGUGUUGAUCUAUCCUGAAGAUGUGCAGUAAAUUGACCACCGUUCUGGUGUGUGCUAUUCCGCCCAAUAUGUGUGUAAUGUUUGUCAGUUGAUGUAGACAAGGGCACCGUUUCCCUGUCCUCCAAAAGAUGACCAGUUUAACUCAUACUUUCUUUAGUUACACAUGCCAGUAUGGGUCAUAAUAAAUAUAUGUAUUUAGUUUGUUUGGUAUUUUGCACAAUGUCAUUUAGAAGGCUGACACUUUUCCCCACCCACAUUUACUUGUAUUUGCAAGGGAAGUAUACCAUACUUUGCUGUAGCAGAUUUUAUGUAACAAAGGAUAUAUGUCACUGUAAUAAAUUCAAUUCUUUUAAAAAAAAAUA